UGACGUGUCAUUCUUGUUGACGUUGUCAUUUAUUUUGAGUUAUCAAAUAUUCGAAUAGAAAUUUUAUCCUGUAACUUGUAAUUCCGACUAGUAAUUCACCGCAAUGGACUUCUUCACAUCAAUUCCUACCCAUAUUGAUUACGUCGGUCAAGCCAAAGCCGAAAAAUUAUAUAGAGCUAUUAUUACACUGUUCAGUAUUGUUGGAUUUGUUUGGGGCUACAUAGUUCAGCAGUUCUCCCAGUCUGUAUAUAUCCUUGGCGCCGGCUUCAUCUUGGCUGCGAUCCUGACUCUCCCACCUUGGCCCAUGUAUCGUCGUAAUCCACUAAACUGGCAGAAUCCUAGAAAUACAGAGGAGAAACCAGCAGGCAAAAAAAGCAAGAAAUAGAUUCCAGUUGGCUGUGAUUAAGUAUAAAUCCGUUUUAUGUUAAUCUCAAUAAAACAUAGCUUUUAAGAA